UACGACGGCCCGCUCUCACCCGUUUCCGGUUUGUACGUGUACGCGCAUCGGAACGCAGUAAAAGAAUAUGUCAGACGUUCGGGCAAAAUAUUAUUCGACUGUUUUCAACUGGGUUCAUAUAUCCGGCAGUAUCGCGUUGUGCCUUGAGGGUAUAAACUUGGAAAAUAUCCGCAUUUUACUACGGUAUUUAAUAGCCGCCCAGAACGUCGGUUUCAUUCAGUUUUUUUCAAGGUGUAUCGUUGUUCGUUGAAAAGAUUAAAUGAGCAAAAUCAUGAGUAAGGUGAAAUAUUUCAAUAUCAAAGACAGCGUGAUGCUGCUGAUUGAUCAUCAAGUUGGCACGCUGGGAUUCUGUCGGAAUAUCCCGCAUAAGAUGAUCAUCCAGAAUACCCGCGCUCUGGCCCGUUUCGCCAAGGAACUCAAUAUGCCGGUCCUGCUAACAUCCAGCCAAGAAGAGCGCGCCCAAGGACCUCUGCUGGAUGACCUGAAGAAGAUCCUGCCGGAGGCCUACGAAGCCCGUGUGAAACGCGGCGGCAUCGCCAACGCGUGGGACGACCCCGCCUACAAAUCAGCGGUGCAGAAACUGGCCGGCGGAAAGAAGGACAUCAUCAUGGCCGGCCUGACCAACGACGUAUGUAUCGCCUACCCGGCGGUCAGCAUGUGCGCCGAGGGCUACAACGUCCUGGUGGUGCAGGAUGCCGGCGGCAGCCCCAGCCAGAUGGCCGAUGAUACUGCUCGACGUUUCUGGGAAAGGGCCGGCGCUCGCACCAUCACGGUCAAUGCGCUGGCGUGCGAGCUGGGCAAGGACUGGAGUACGCCCGAGGGUGGGAAGAUGAUCGGGAUCGUCAUGGAGGAGAUCAUUGGACAUCUGGACGAGAUGACCAAGGGCAUCGGAGUCAAAUAAAAAUAUGGGAUGGUUUCUGCGGACUCUGAAUUUUGCGCAUCUUACUGGUAUUGGCUGUAGUCUAAGUAUUAUAAUCGCUUUCCUGUACUUGCUGCUUUGUUAAAGUUUUUUGUUGCUGGUUUAUCUUUCGCCGCACAAUUACUGGGCUUGGAUUGUCAGCAAAGAAACAACUUGUUGUUAUUACUGUCAAUCUCUUUAAUAAGACGCUUUAUCCAUGUGUGUUAUCCUCCAAGGUAUUAAAUUUUCGGUAGGGCA